AUGGGAGAAGGCUAUAACACCAAAGAAUAUAGCUACCGUAUUCAAGGCUACCAGGAAGCGUUUAAGAUAGAACAGAGGAAGAGGAAGAGGCAGAAGAAUCUCUUUCAGAUUCUAGCCUCCAAUGAUGGUGGUAGAGCUAUUAUCUAUUUACCUAAUAAGGUGCGGCAGGCACGUGAGCUCCACCAAGAGAAGGAGGAUGCUAAGGAAGCUGAUAUUGCUCGCAAGGCAGAGGAUAAGGUGCGCAGGAAGCUAGCAAAGGAUGACAAGCAAAGAAUUAAGGAAAUGACGAAGGCUAGCAAAGCUACUAAGAAAAAGCAUCAGCUAGAUGCUGAGGGCGAGAAGAAGCGCGCUGCAGAUGAGGCUCAUUAUGCACGUGAGUUCAACAAGCAGCUCAAAGAGGAGAGCAAGUUGAUGCAGCAGAAGCAGAAGGCUAAGACGGUUGUAUUCACUAUUCCUGAGGAGCCUUCUGCUGAGCAGGAGUGCGAGGGGGAGGAUGGGGUUGUGAAGGCGACCUCUGGCCGGCCUCAGCGAAUGCGCAACCCCCCCAAAUGGCACGACGACUCCGUGGUGGUUAUAGAAUGA